AUGUCGAACCUUACAAAACUUGAAUUUGCGGCCCUUGAUAUUACUGGAAAGAACUAUUUGUCUUGGGUGCUAGAUGCUGAAAUUCACCUAGAUGCAAAAGACCUUGGUGAUACAAUCAAAGAAGGAAAUAAAGCAACAAGUCAAAACAAAGCUAAGGCUAUGAUAUUUCUUCGCCACCACCUCCAUGAGGGUCUUAAGAUUGAGUACUUGACUGUGAAAGAUCCACAAGUCCUUUGGAGGAAUCUAAAGGAAAGAAUUACUUCACAGUUGAAAUUAUGUGGAGAGAAAAUCAUUGAUGCAGAAAUGCUAGAGAAAACAUACACUACCUUUCAUGCGAAUAAUGUUGUCCUCGAUGGGAAAGAAAAAUAUCAGGCCAGCAAUAGUGGUCGUGGACGUGGACGUGGAUAUGGACAUGGUCAAGGUCGUCGACGUGGAUACGGAUAUGGUCGAGGUCGAGGCCGAGGUGGUUCUUUCAAGAAUUCAUAUUCCCACCAGAAGAGGGAUAAUAAAGAUGAUAACAAACAAGAGAAAGAUAAAAAUGAGAACGUGACCAAUGUAUGUUACAGAUGUGGAGGAAAAGGUCAUUGGUCUCGUACGUGUCGUACACCAAAACACUUGGUUGACCUCUAUCAACAAUCAUUGAAGCAAAAGGGAAAGAAAAUAGAAACAAAUCUUGUGUACGAAGAUGGCGAAGGUGACUUUGAUUGUGGCAAUACAACUCACCUGGAAGUUGCUGAUUUCUUCACCACCCCUAAAGGGAGUAACUAA